UUGGGCGCAAAUCUCGAGAUUCUUAGGCCGCGCGGCGCGGCGUGAAUCUAGACGAAAUUCAAAAGGAGCGGGCGCGAGAGCGAGCGAUAGUCAACUCGUUUUUUGCACAUCAUCGAUGUGGCGCCGCGCCGGUGGCGCUGAGUCGAACGACGAGUCGCGUGUGUAUACGUGCACGGCGGCGUGAUUUCGUAGAGACACGGCCGUUGCAACGGCUACUGGGUUAGGGACGGAGAGUCCGGGUGAAACGCAGAUUGAAGACGACGGGAUUCGGGUGCAGGUGCACGGGAUUCGCCGAUUCGCGUGGGAGGACACUCUACGGCGCGGCGCGACGCGACGCACGUAAUACGCGACGCGACGCGACGCGACGCCGCCAACGUGCGUGGAAACGCGUCGUAGGAGACGAGCGAGCUCGUUCGUCCGAGCGACAAUGAGAACGUGCUAACCGUUUUAGGUGAUUCGGGGAGCCAUGGCGAACAUCGCGGCGCAGCGAAUCAAGCGGGAAUUCAAAGAGGUUAUAAAGAGCGAGGAGAUAGCAAAAUGUGCGAUUAAAGUAGAGUUGGUCAACGAUAGUCUUACUGAAUUAAAGGGAGAGAUUGCUGGUCCACCAGACACACCAUACGAAGGUGGUAAUUUUGUGCUCGAGAUCAAAGUUCCAGAGACGUAUCCAUUUAAUCCUCCUAAAGUACGUUUUAUAACAAAAAUAUGGCAUCCCAAUAUAUCUUCUGUUACUGGUGCCAUAUGUUUGGAUAUUUUGAAAGAUCAAUGGGCUGCCGCAAUGACUUUGCGUACAGUACUGCUAUCACUUCAAGCAUUAUUAUCUGCGGCGGAGCCUGAUGAUCCUCAGGAUGCAGUAGUUGCUAAACAAUAUAAAGAACAUCCUGAAUUGUUUCGUCAAACUGCCACACAUUGGACAUUUGUAUAUGCAGGUGGGCCAGCGAAAAUGCCUGAUUUAGACGAUAAGAUAAGAAGAUUAACAGAUAUGGGAAUUGAAGAACAUAACGCGAGAGUUGCUCUAUCUUCAUAUAAUUGGGAUUUGGAACGCGCCACCGAGCACUGCCUCUUUAGUUAGUGAUAACUACAUAGUUAAUUUAUCACAUCCAUUCAUUUUUUGCAAAAAAAUUCUUAUAUCAUGUGUUUCGAAUAUUGAUAUCAUUAAUGAUUUGACAAUUGGAAUUCUGUAGUUAUACUGACAAUAUCUGGAUGGAUGAUAAAAUUAUCUGAAAAGUUAUCCAACAUUUAUCAAUAGUUAUCUAUUUAAUUUGUAACAUAA